AUGGAGUCUCCAUCUCAGAAUAAACGAGGGACUGGUGACAUCACUAUAGAUCCAGGUGAAACCGUUUUGACUGCGUUUCCCUACAAACCUCACACCUCUCUGCUGGAUGUCCUGACAGGGGAGCCAAAAGUUUUAGGGGCUGUACACAUCCUGCUUGCUCUGGUAAUUGUGGGACUUGGACUCAUAUUACUAUUUAAUUACAUCAGUUUCUCCCAAAACUUUCCCCUUGUGAUCCUCAUAGGAUACCCAUUCUGGGGAGCACUCAUAUUCUUUCUUGCAGGAUUCUUCACAAUCACCAAUGCUAAAUCAAUAAAAGUUCUGGGACAAGGCGUUACAACAAUUAAUAUCCUCAGUGCCCUGGCCGCCAUAGCUGGGAUUGCUUUAAUCAUUAUCAGCUUUGCACAACAACAUGACUUCUGCAAGCAGCCAUCCCUUGAUGGAGCAUGUGGUAUGGGUAGAUCUCUUCUCCUUGGAAUUCUGUCAGUCUUACUGAUUAUCACCAUAGCAGAGCUCAGCAUCUCUGUGACAAUUGCAUCCUUUAGGUGCAAAUACUGGACAAGUUCAGAUGAGGUUGUGUUUUUCUUGCCUUCGGGUGCUACUCAAAAUGGUGAACAACUUGCCUCAGGAGAAAAUGCUCAACUGCAAUUUGAGCUUCAAGAAAAAUCUUCCAGAGGUGACACAACUUCAAACCUACAAGCUGUUUACUUUGGAGGUUAUACUUUCUUCAAGUUAAGAGUUUUAAGAAGUCAUUUAGCACCUCCAAACAGCUCACAGAUAUGUAAUCAAGGUAGAGAGAAUUACCAAACACUUUCUGUGCCUGUCCCAGAUGAACAAGAACAGUCUAUCCCUCCACCUUUCCAAUCUCCAGAGGAAGAAACUGAACCAAAGCCUUUACCUCCUACAUUAGAGCCAAGGCCUUCAAAUAGUCAUUAUAACCAGGAAGAUUCCAUAACCAACCAAGUGAAUGAUGAAGACCUACAGUCUGUUAUACCUGUCUCCUCCCAUCAUAGCCAGAGAAGUUCUAAAACUAGCCAACGGACUGAUGAGGACCUACAAUCCGCCAUACUUCAUACCUCUGAAAUGCAAGCCCAAAUGCCUCAGGAUGAAGCUUUAUCACCACUAGUUCUUCCAACCCCUUCCAUGCAAAGCCUCCAAGUUUUGUUACCUGAAGACUUGACAUCCCCAAAAGUGACACAUCCCCUGUCAACAAAAGCCUUGCAAUCUGAACCCCCACCAUUCCAUCUUAUACAGUCUUAUGAUAUUAUAUCUGGAGACUUGCCCUCUCAAGACAUACUGUCCCAAGAUAGUUCAUCUCAGGACACACUAUCCCAAGACAGUCCACCUCAGGACACACCAUUCCAAGACAGUCCAGCUCAGGACACACCAUUCCAAGAUAGUCCAUCUCAGGACACACCACACCAAGACAGUCCAUCUCAGGACACACCAUACAAAGACAGUCCAUCUCAGGACACACCAUACAAAGACAGUCCAUCCCAGGACACACCAUACCAAGACAGUCCAUCUCAGGACACACCAUACCAAGACAGUCCAUCCCAGGACACACCAUUCCAAGACAGUCCAUCCCAGGACACACCAUUCCAAGACAGUCCAUCCCAGGACACACCAUACCAAGACAGUCCAUCCCAGGACACACCAUACCAAGACAGUCCAUCCCAGGACACAACAUUCCAAGAUAGUUUAUCCCAGGACACACCAUACCAAGACAUACUAACUCAAGACAUAGCAUCCCUAGAGACUCCUUCCCAAAACAUACCAACCCCAAACAAUUCACCCCAAAAUGUGCCAUCUGAAGAUUUUCAACCACAAAGUGAUCAACCUCAAAGCUGGCAACCUCCAGAAAUAACAUACAAAGACAUUCGAACAGAAGUCAUGGAGCUGACUCAAGAAUGGAAAUCCAAUAAGGAACACGAUAGCAGGAGAUCCUCAAGAAGAUUUUCCAUGGGUUUUCAAAUGAAAAAUUGGCAACCCCCUCCAAAAAUAUAUUCCUUUGAAUUACAAAGCAAAGCUGAGAAAUCCCCAAGAAGAUAUUCCUUAGACCUAAAGGACAAAAGUGGGCAGUCUCCAAGACGGAAAUCCCUAGAUCAGCAAAUCAAAUCCUGGAUAUUCCCAAAGAAGCGCUCCAUAAAUAAGGAAGAAAAAUAUACUCAGACCUCAGAGCAAUCCCUAGCUCAGCAGUCCAAAGAAGAGGAACUUCCACAGCAACAAUCCCAAGAUGUGCAACAUGAAGACCAACAAGCUAAAGACAGAGAGGAUGUCGGGCAGCAGGCUGAUAAAGAGAAGCUCCUGAAGGAACAAAUCCAAGAUCAACAAGCUGGAGACCAUCAGGCUCCAGAGGAGAAAGCCCCCAAAAGACCAACCCCAUACUGGCAAGAUGAAAGACAACAAGCACAGGUGAGGAAAGUGCCAAGGCAGUUCUGCCAGGAUUGGGACUCCCAAAGCCAGGCGUCCCAAGACUCUCAAAUCCCACAAAAGACAUGUUUACAGCAGGCAACUCUGAGCUGGCAAUCCCAAGACUGGAAAAGCCAAGGCUGGAGAAACAAGAAUUGGAAACCACAAGAAUGGCAGUUUGAAAUGCAGUCUUCCUUCCGAGACUGGGGAUACCAAGAACUAGAGAAAGAAGCCCUAAGGCAGAAAGCUCUAUACCAAGAAACCCAGAAUACCACAGCCCAAACAAAGAAGGUCACACAAUUAGAAAACUUCCUAUUUCAAAUAGGUCAUUGUGAAAGUAAGGACCAAGAAGACAAUAUGUAUGAAGAUGGUACUCAAACAACAGACAAUCUACCAGAGGGCACAGAAGGUACAUGCCAGCAGCCAUGUGAUCAGCAAUUAGCAUAUGUGAAGCCAGAUGAUCAACCUUCUAGCCAAAGUUUAGUGCCAUACACAGAUGUAAUCUCCUUGUCCAAUGUAGGCUCAGAACAAGAGGUACCGCAAGAAAAUUCAAGUUGCUCAAUUUCAGAGAAAGAGCUAAACAUAACUUCUUCCUCGUGUUACCAGAGAGAUCAGCAGCCAUCUGAAGAAUCUGACUAAUAUGCAAUAAGAACCCCAAAUCCACAGACCCAAAUAAUGGAACCAAAGGAAGA